GGUGAAACAAUCAAUGAUAUGUCUACUACAAAUGUCCAAUUAAAUUCUUUACGAUCAUCAGACAGGUUUGGCAAAGAAAAUACUUCUUCUGUUGGGAAAGCUUUUAAAUGUGACGAUUGUUCUUAUACCUGUACUGAGAACAGUGAUCUUGUGAAACAUUUGGGUAUUCACUUGGGAGAGAAACCCUACAAGUGUAAGGAAUGUUCAUUUUGUAGUGCUAAGAAAAGUGAUCUCAAGAGACAUAUGAGGACUCACACGGGAGAGAAACCCUACAAGUGCAAGGAAUGUUCAUAUUCUAGUGCUCAGAAAGGUAAUCUCACAUUACAUAUGAGGACUCACUCAGGAGAGAAACCCUACAAAUGCAAGGAAUGUUCAUUUUGUAGUGCUAAGAAAAGUGAUCUCAAGAGACAUAUGAGGACUCACACGGGAGAAAAACCCUACAAGUGUAAGGAAUGUUCAUAUUGUAGUGCUCAGGAAUGUGAUCUCAAGAAACAUAUGAGGACUCACACGGGAGAGAAACCCUACAAGUGUAAUGAAUGUUCAUAUACUUUCUCUGUUAAAUCAAGUCUUGUCAGACACCAACGUACUCACACGGGAGAGAAACUCUCCAGGUUUGGCAAAGAAAAUGCUUCUUCUGUUGGGAAAGCUUUUAAAUGUGACGAUUGUUCUUAUACCUGUACUGAGAACAGUGAUCUUGUGAAACAUUUGGGUAUUCACUUGGGAGAGAAACCCUACAAGUGUAAGGAAUGUUCAUUUUGUAGUGCUAAGAAAAGUGAUCUCAAGAGACAUAUGAGGACUCACACGGGAGAGAAACCCUACAAGUGCAAGGAAUGUUCAUAUUCUAGUGCUCAGAAAGGUAAUCUCACAUUACAUAUGAGGACUCACUCAGGAGAGAAACCCUACAAAUGCAAGGAAUGUUCAUUUUGUAGUGCUAAGAAAAGUGAUCUCAAGAGACAUAUGAGGACUCACACGGGAGAAAAACCCUACAAGUGUAAGGAAUGUUCAUAUUGUAGUGCUCCGGAAUGUGAUCUCAAGAAACAUAUGAGGACUCACACGGGAGAGAAACCCUACAAGUGUAAUGAAUGUUCAUAUACUUUCUCUGUUAAAUCAAGUCUUGUCAGACACCAACGUACUCACACGGGAGAGAAACUCUAA